AUAAAACGGGCAGAUCCAUCAUUUCCCUCCACGCGGUGCUCCUGACUGGAGAUUGAAGGGAAAAUUAGAAGCUGCUCAUUUGGGCUCAUGGGCUCAGCAGCACCACUCAGCUUCACUUCAAGCUCUCUCGGGUGUUCUGGUGAAAGGGGACAAGAGCUGGGGAGGGAGCUCAGAGAGGCUGAGGCUGGCGUCACCUUCUGUUGCUAAGGUAACGUGUUCUGGCCAUUUUAUCAGAUAAAGGAAGUCCAGUGGCUGGAAUACAUUAUUUAUCACUGAGCUAAUCAAACAAUCAAAAUUGUUUACUUUCACUGGGGGAAUAUUUAGUGAGAUCAAAGACUGCUAGCUGAAACUGCUCCUGUCUUGCUGUGGCCAUUUCGCCCUUCGUUUUAUUUUUUCAGCAUCCAAGUGACUGUUUUCUCUCAAAAUUCUGUGUUUGGAGCAUCAAAGAUGGAUUAUCCCAAAAUGGACUAUUUUCUUGAUGUGGAGUCUGCUCACAGACUCUUGGAUGUGGAAUCCGCUCAAAGAUUCUUCUACAGCCAAGGAGCUCAAGCUCGCCGGGCGACCCUGCUCCUGCCUCCCACAUUAAUGGCGGCUUCUUCGGAGGAUGACAUAGACCGGCGGCCCAUCAGAAGAGUGCGCUCCAAGAGCGACACGCCGUACCUCGCCGAGGCCAGGAUCUCCUUUAACCUGGGGGCAGCUGAGGAAGUGGAGAGGCUGGCAGCCAUGCGUUCCGACUCCCUGGUCCCAGGUACCCACACCCCGCCCAUCCGGAGGAGAAGUAAGUUUGCCAAUUUGGGAAGGAUUUUCAAGCCUUGGAAAUGGAGGAAGAAGAAGAGUGAAAAGUUCAAACACACGUCAGCAGCCCUGGAAAGGAAGAUAUCAAUGAGGCAGAGCAGAGAGGAGCUGAUCAAGCGAGGGGUCUUGAAGGAAAUCUAUGAUAAAGAUGGGGAGCUCUCCAUAUCGAAUGAAGAUGAUUCCCUGGAAAAUGGACAGUCGCUGAGCUCUAGCCAACUGUCCCUGCCUGCCCUGUCUGAAAUGGAGCCAGUCCCCAUGCCCAGGGACCCCUGCUCGUAUGAGGUGCUCCAAGCCUCAGACAUCAUGGAUGGACCAGUGUCCGAAGAGAGUCCCUCAGCCAGUGAAUCUGCAGUCCUCCUGUCCCAAGAUCCUUCAGCAAAACCAGUCCUGCUACUGCCCCCCAAAAAACCUGCUGCUUUCUCUGGAGACCAUGAGGAGACCCCAGUGAAACAGCUUUCCCUUCUCAAGCAGCCCCCGGCCUUGCCUCCCAAACCCACUGCCCGGAUUGCCAACCACUUAACAGAUCCUGGCGCCCCUGUGAAAUUGCCUUGUCUGCCAGUGAAACUGUCGCCUCCGCUACCUCCAAAGAAAGUCAUGAUCUGUAUGCCCGUAGGCGGACCAGAGCUCACCCUGGCAUCCUACGCUGCCCAGAAGAGCAGCCAGCAGAGCCUGGCCCAGCACCACCACACCGUCCUGCCAUCCCAGAUCCAGCACCAGCUGCAAUACGGCAGCCACGGCCAGCACCUUCCCUCCUCCACCGGCACCCUCCCCAUGCACCCCUCGGGCUGCAGGAUGAUCGACGAGCUGAACAAGACACUUGCCAUGACCAUGCAGAGACUUGAGAGCAGCUCCGAGCAGCGAGUCCCCUGUUCCACUUCUUACCACAGCUCUGGUUUGCACUCAAGUGACGGUGUCACAAAAGCAGGACCCAUGGGCCUUCCGGAAAUAAGACAAGUGCCAACUGUUGUGAUUGAAUGUGAUGACAAUAAAGAAAAUGUGCCUCAUGAAUCUGACUACGAAGACUCUUCCUGCCUAUACACGCGGGAAGAGGAGGAAGAGGAGGAGGAUGAAGACGAUGACAGCUCACUGUACACCAGCUCCCUGGCCAUGAAGGUCUGCAGGAAGGACUCCUUAGCCAUCAAACUGAGCAACAGACCCUCCAAGCGGGAACUGGAAGAAAAGAACAUCCUUCCCAGGCAGACGGAUGAGGAGAGGCUGGAGCUGAGGCAGCAGAUCGGCACCAAGCUCACCAGGCGGCUGAGCCAGAGGCCCACAGCAGAGGAGCUGGAACAGAGGAACAUUCUGAAACCUCGGAACGAACAAGAGGAACAAGAAGAGAAACGGGAAAUCAAGAGGCGGCUAACUCGGAAGCUCAGUCAGAGGCCCACGGUGGAAGAGCUCCGCGAGAGGAAGAUCCUCAUCCGCUUCAGCGACUACGUGGAAGUGGCCGAUGCUCAGGACUAUGACCGCAGGGCAGACAAGCCAUGGACCCGCCUCACGGCUGCGGACAAGGCUGCCAUUCGGAAGGAGCUCAACGAGUUCAAAAGCACUGAAAUGGAAGUCCAUGAGCUGAGCAGACACUUGACAAGGUUUCACCGACCUUAACAGUGGAAUGGCUCGAUCGCUCUGCUGUCUUCGGAACAUGCAUUUAUAAGAACCAUAAGUGCUGGUAUUUAUCCACUUCCCUAUUACAAUGUAAAUCUUCUGAACUGCCUUUUUUUUUUUUUUGUAAAGAAGAAAUAAAAGGAAACACAGGAUUCUAUGCGCGGAAACGUGAUGGUGAAGGCUCCUGGGUGAGAGCUGCCAGUACCGCUUCUGCUGCCGGCUUGGGUCCCAGCCCUGAGGGGACCUAGCAGAAGACCUCCCAGAGGCCACCUCGUCCUCUCCAUCCAGGCCCAGCAGGCACCACGACGGGCCAGUCUACAGUGACCCUGCCUCACACGGGACUGUGGCCUGAGUCCAAAGAAGCCAGAGCCAGUGGGUUUGGCACGGGGGUGGCAAAGGUCACAGUCCUGUCGACCUCCUAGACUUGGUCAGCUGUACUAGCUUCCAAAGCAGCAUAUACUUUGGGGGCCCCUAGGAAGAGGGAUGCUGAAAAGGAGUGGCCAUUUCUGGGUCUCCCCUGGCCUUUCUUUUCAGCCCCGUCCUAAGAGGGCCUGUGGUGGCACUUUAGUCCUGAGUACACGUGCUGUGGGCAUGAGAGGCUGGUGCUGAAUGUCCGCCCUGCCCCCCCCCCACCCGGCCUAAGCUGUGGAUUACAACGAGUUGUCAUCUACUUGGCUCACAUUCAUUGACCGACCCAUGUGCAGAAAGCCCCAUGUCAUGGGAGAUCCACACACACAAACGCUAUUGCUAAGGCACACCGUGUGUUCGUGUGUGUGAGCUGUCCAAAGGCCAAUAUCAGAGGCUCUGCUUGGCUGAUGUUCUUCAUUGUUCCUGGACCGACCAGGGACAGUGGAUGUGGCUUCUGAGUAUAGGACCAGUGAAUACGUGGAGGCCAGCACCCUUCCACUCUCCUUUCUUUGCACUGAAGCGUUUCUACAGGGAAGCCCAGCGUUAGCAUGGGCAAACAUUGGCGUGCCCACCACGGUGUCCCUCCUGCUCAGUUUAUCCAGAGAGAAUCUUUUCUCUCUCAGGAUGCCAGGGGGCCAGGAGAUAUGCCUCCAAUUGCCUAGUGCACUGGAACCCUAGGAAGGCAAGCCCUGUUGACAAGCCCCCCGAGUGGGUGUGCGGUGAGGAAUAGAUGCUCCCAAGCCCUUGUGAGAAUCGUAAGGAGACCGGCUGAAGCAUUUAUCUUUUCAUUUUUCAUCCUAACAGACCUCGCAGGCCCUUGGGCACAGAGCUAUGACUGGCCACCUGUGCUGUGCCCAGCAUUCAGAGUCACCAUGGUCUUUCUAGGUGAGGCUGUGUUCCCCACCACACACAUCCAGGACUUAAAAAGAUGCCAGCCAGCCUGGCCAUCCCCAAAACAGUCAAGUCCCCAUGACAAAUCAGUGGGACCAUGUUACUCUUAGGAUGCAGCACCAUCAAUAAGGCCAGGGAAUUUUCUGGAGAGGUAAUGGCUCCAUGGCCAGCACUAACCCAGGAACCAGACAGAGUUGGAGAAAAGCUCUGCUCAGCUCUGUAGGCAGUGCCCCCAGCCCCUGCUGUCCUGGCACGGUCAGGAGCAAGGGCACCUCUGCCCAGCGCAAGGAGGACACUUUUUUUUAUUAUUAUUACUACUAUUAACGUUAAUAGUUGAAUGUUGAAUCCGAAUAGUUCCUGCAGUCGGGAGAAGUAUUCAGGGAAAAUGUGGUUAGGAUUUUAGUGUGGCUGUAAACAGUCUGACCAAGAGGCUUACCGACUGACUUCUGAAUGUGCAAGUGGCAAGAGGAGAGGCGCGGGCUCUUUCUUUGAACUUCCCUAGGGCUUUGGGGCAGGCACACGUUCUGAGCAGAGCUCCCUGCCUGGCCGGACCUGAGGUCCUCAUGUCCUCUAGCCAGCUGCUUCAGGCUGGCCUGACGAGCCUCGCCCAGGCAGGAGGAGCACUAAAGGCACUCUAGUCUUCUCCCAGGAAGGCCCCUGACUUCCUGCUGGACUUGGUAGGGCCCUUCCAGUGGCUGGGAACCGAAUGCCAAAUCCAUCUCCCAGCAACCCUAGCUGUCUCCCCAGAGUCCCCUGGGAUUACAAGUCCCCUCUAUGUAUGGAAGAAAUUGAACACAAUGUCUGUGUCUCUUCCUGUAGGGCCCCCUUUGGCAGAAGUCACUUGCUCGGAGGUAGGGCUAUGACUCUCAUGCUCCUGAAAAAAUCACCUCCCUCCGGGAUUGGCUUCUCCAAGGUUCUUACCCAGCUCAACCUGAGCAGAGGCAGGAUAGAGCCUCUGCUGUCUUUCUGAAAACCUGAAGCUCCUUGGGGAAAUGUAGCUGCCUUUCUUCCUACCUUCCUUCUUUCUUUCUUCCUUCCUUCCUUCCUUCCUUCUUUCUUUCUUUUCUUUCUUUCUUUCUUUUUUGCCAUUUUGUUAGGACAAGCAAAGUAGCUUGUGUUACUUCCCAAGAUGACAAUUUGAUGUUAAUUGGGCUUGGGGAAGUUGGCUAGACUGUUUAAAGUGCAUCCUUUUCUGGAAAAGCUAUAGCUUUCAAGUGAAUUAUCUUGAGUGAGUACCCAUCCAGUUAGGCAUUGUUGUUUCGGUUAGCAGAGGGAAAAUAUGAUGUGUCAAAUCAUGUUUCCUUCUAAAACUCAAAUGUUGCUUCAAACCCCAUCCCCAAUCCCACUUCACUGACAGAAGAGAAUGUCAGUGCCCUACUAACUUAAGUUCCCGAUCGAUCGCCCACGGAGACCCAUAAAACCCUGUCAGACUUCAGGCUUGAGCCUUUCUGCCAGACAGAGAAACCAAACAGCGUGAAGGACAGUGUGACGAGAUGCUCUGAGUUUAUUUCCCUCCUGCUUACGAACAUGUAUUUACACUUGCUGAAUGAGCAUUGUGGUGUGUUUGUUCCAUAGAGGGGACUUCAGGCCGUCCCCCUGUGCCCAGCCAGCGGCAGGGGGCACCUUCCAUGACUUCCUCCCACGGGUCUGUUCCUCCCCAAGCCGAUUACUUUUUCCAGUCGCUUCCUGGUGUCUGUACAUAGUAUGUCUUUGUAUAGGAGUGAGUGUGUGUGGUGACCGUCGACCCCGUGCCCUCCCGGGUUCUAAUGGAACAGAUGAUGGCUGUACGAGGAAGACACUGUACAUCAAUACAAAUGAAACUGGAUCUCUAUGGCCUCGGUUUUGUACAUACAGAAACUGCAUGGUAUUUAAAUUAUUGUUUCUCUCUGAUGAUGUAUGCAGUUUCUUUAAAAACAAACCAAAAAAAAAGGUCUUAAAAAAAAACUUGA